GGGCUGGGCUUCCAGGUAGGGAGCCAAGCGGAGGAGCGGGAGGAAGAGAGACAGAGGGAGGCAGGCAAGACGCCGCCACCGCCGCCCCCCCCCCCCAACCCCCGACUGGAGAAAGGAGGCGAUCCGCAGCCGCGAGAGGAGCGGAUCCCGCGCUGGCUGGGCGCAGCGAAUGCGGCUCCUUCCGACGCUCCGCCCGCUCGAGCCUCGGCGAAGGGAUCUCGUUCGUUCGUCCGCCCGCCCGCCCCACCGGCGUGCUUAAUCGGCGGUAGCUCGGGCUGGCUAGGGACCCGCACCGCGACCAGAAGGAGAUCUUUGAGACCCGAUUUCUCUCCGUAGACCCGGCGGGCACGGCACCCGCGUGUCCGGGAAGAAGCGAAGGAGACGCGGGGAGGUUUUGUAGGGCAACGUGGGAAGGGGAGCGCUGGGUGUGGCGGCCGAGGCGGGCUUGGGGAAGGAGGCGAAGCCAAGGGGGGCGUCUGAGAGCGGCCGGUCCCCUAUGCGCGGCUCAGCCGAGGCUCCCGCAGCCCAGCCUUCCGUCCGGCUUCCCAGCCCGCGGAUCGUGGCCCGGGCGCCGCCUCCCCGGCUCCCCUCUAUGUAAGCUCGCCUUCCCUCCUCCUCCUCCUCCUCCUCCUGCUGCGGCUGGAUGGCGCUUGAGCGGCGCCGAGAGGAGGGCGGCGGAGGGGGCCGACCCCUCCCCGAAGAAAACGGCUCUUUGCCGGCCGGGGAGGCGGACCCGGCAGCCCCGGCCGCCCCUCCUGCGGGGGGUCUCCCGGCGGAGAUCCAGAGCCUGCCUCUUCCCACGCCUCCCUCCGGCUCCUGCAGCCCCCUGCUUCUGGAUUACGACGGCUCCGUGCUGCCCUUCCUGGGGCGCCUGGGCGGCGGGCAUCAGAAAGCCCUCAUCUUCCUCACCUGGAUCCCGGCGCUUUUCAUCGGCUUCAGCCAGUUCUCGGACAGUUUCCUCUUGGUGCAUCCCAUCUCUUGGUGCAAGGGGACGGAUGGGAAGGGCAACUGGAGCGAGUUCCCCCCGCAGCCGCCCCCCAGGGGUCUCACCACCAGCCCCAGCUACAACCACAGCAGCAGCUACAGUAGGGGCAUCCUGGCCGCCCCGGAGCUGCCCACCCCCGAGGGGAAAAAUGACAGUUACUGCCACUGCAGUGAGAGGUACCACCGGAUCCCUGCGGGCCUACAGCAGAAUAUCGUCAGCAAGUGGGAUCUGGUCUGUGACUCUGCCUGGAAAGUUCACAUUGCGAAGUUUUCUCUGCUUGUAGGAUUAAUCUUUGGCUACCUAAUAACAGGAUGUAUAGCUGAUUGGGUGGGUCGUCGUACGGUGCUGCUCUUCUCAGUGUUGCUCAUCUUAAUAUUUGGACUGACAGUGGCCCUCUCAGUGAAUGUGACCAUGUUCAGCACACUCAGGUUUUUUGAAGGGUUUUGCCUGGCUGGAAUAACCCUUUCCUUGUAUGCACUACGGAUAGAGCUUUGCCUUCCGAACCAACGCUUCAUGAUCACCAUGAUAGCAAGUUUCGUAGCAAUGGCAGGACAGUUCCUGAUGCCAGGGCUGGCUGCCCUCUGCAAGGACUGGCAAAUUCUCCAAGCCGUAAUCAUCUGCCCUUUCCUGCUGAUGUUACUGUACUGGUUUAUUUUCCCAGAAUCUCUUCGCUGGCUGAUGGCCACAAAACAGUUUGAAGCUGCAAAGAAACUCAUCCUUCGUCUGACUCACAGGAAUAGGUCGAGCACAGAGUGUGAUAUUAAGGGAGUGAUGCCUGAACUGGAGAAAGAGCUUGCCAGGAGACCGAAAAAAGUUUGCAUUGUUAAAGUGGUGGGAACGAGAAACCUGUGGAAAAACAUUGUUGUGCUCUGCAUCAAUUCGCUGACUGGAUACGGAAUACACCACUGCUUUGCAAAGAGUAUGAUGGGUCAUGAAGAAAUGAUGUCCUUCACCAACAAUUUUUAUGCAGACUAUUACACCAUGGCCAGCAUCACUCUGGUGUCCUGCCUGGCCAUGUGCCCAGUGGUUGGUUUUCUCGGAAGAAGAGGGGGUCUCCUGCUCUUCAUGAUCCUUACUGCUCUGGCGUCUCUUUUACAACUGGGCCUUCUCAACUUGAUAGGAAAAUACAGUCAACUUCCAGACUCAGGUAUGAGUGACACCGUAAAGGACAAAUUCUCCAUUACGUUUUCCAUCGUGGGGAUGUUCUCAUCGCACGCAGUUGGAAGCCUGAGUGUAUUCUUCUGCGCAGAGAUCACCCCAACUGUAAUAAGGGGUGGUGGCCUUGGCCUCGUCCUGGCCAGCGCAGGUUUUGGGAUGCUGACAGCACCCAUCAUGGAACUUCACAACCAGAAAGGCUACUUCCUCCAUCAUGUGAUUUUUGCCUGUUGUACCCUCAUCUGUAUCAUCUGCAUUCUCCUCUUGCCAGAGAGCAAAAACCAGAACCUGCCGGAGAACAUUCCAGAUGGUGAACAUUACACCCGGCAGCCUCUCAUACCGCAUAAGAAGGGGGAGCAACCCCUGCUGCUCACGAACUCUGAACUUAAAGAUUACUCCGGCCUCCAUGAUUCGGCAACCGUGAAUGAUGGGGUGACCGAGAUCGUCACUGCCAACGGGAUGAAAGCAAUGUAGGAGGAGGAGGAGGAGGAGGAGCAUUGAGUUGUGGGUUUGCUUCUCGUCCAAGAUUUACAAACCAUUGAGAAGAAGGGAUGGAUACACAGGGAAAUUAAGACUCUGCUGCUAAAGCCACUUCUAGAAAUCUGUGAUGGGGAUACAAAUUGCUUUGAGGCACAGUAAUGUGGGGGAAAUGCAUCUUUAGAAAAACUGGCUGGAGAUCACUGUCCAUUUUUUCCCCCCCUGCCAUGAAAUAGUUCUAUUUAUUUUGUCGAUUUUCUCCAUGAAAGCACUUUAUUCUGUUCUUCUUCUCUUGUUGACCAUAAAGAUGAAGCCAUGUUACUCUCAAGAAAAGCAGCCAUUCCAAGAAAGAAAUCAUGAGGCGGUAUGGUUUGGGUUUCAUUUUAUUGUUUAUUUUUUGUGUUUUUUUUCUAGGGGUAUGAGGCAUCUCUUGCUGCAACAAUGAAUUUGUUGGCUACUGGCGUUUUGAGUCAUCUUUUUUUUCCCCCUUGAUCUCUCCAGAUAAUUAAUAUUUCCUCCUUCCAACCUCCUAGUCCUAGCUACUGUGAAAGUGUGUGCCCAUAAAACUAAAUUCCAACUGCGUUUCAAGGGUUCCACCACAAAUGCGCGAACGAAAAAAAGGCGCCUGACUAAACCGCGGUGACAAAACCCCGCCGACAA